AUGGAGACUCUUUCACGCACGACUUCCCAGGACAGCGCCCGUUCGAAUCGCUCGCAUUCGUCCGGACACCUCUUGUCCUCCGCCGCUUCCGCAUCCUCGAACCGCAAAGCGCGUCAUGCCGACCUCGACACCACGGUAGGAGAGACGGACCGAGCCAGCAUCUCAAUGCCGCCGCCGUCUUCGAAGCCUAACGAUAUUCGCUACCACAGCAUCAGGCGGCGAUCCUCCCGUUUCUCAGACCUCGUGGGUCCUGCUGCAGCACUUCCACCUCCCACCAACACACACGUCUCCCACCACGACAGCCAUCCGACUCCCGGUAGCGGCAUGGCAGAUUCGGAAGAGGUGGCUGCCACACUCGAAACCAUCAGAAAAGGUACAUAUCCAGUCUCCGGUAUACCAUCCGCGACGAGGCGAUCCGAGGCAGAUCUCGAAUCCAACAGAAUGAGCUUCUCUUCGUUAUACGGAAGCGGCAGAAGUGCCGUGGCCAGUGGACCGAGUUCGGUGGGAGGAGCAUCUGAUCAAGAUGGUUCGCGCCAUUCGGACAACGCCGAAGCUGUCGUGCGUGAAACUGAUCCUGCUGCAGCGAAACACAGUGACGGAAGCGAUCGAGCAACCACCUCGACCCAACACCUCUCAGUCACUACUCAGAGCCAGAACGGUGCCCUGUCUCCUGCACUCGGCGGCUCGUUAAGAGAGAACCACCAUAUGAGCCAUCCACAACCCUCCAAUGGCAGUGGCUCGCCAGUCAACUCGCCCUCCUCGCCAGCGCCCACUCACUCGAAGCAAGGUAGAACCAUUCGUGGCAGGACGCCUGGCAAUUCGAGACGAGUAUCUACCAGCAAUCCAAACAGCGUGUCGCAUUCGACAGAUCGAUCGACCAUCGGUGGUAAUCCGAACAGCAUCGGAACGAUUGGGAUUUGCGCACUGGACUCCAAAGCCAGGAGCAAGCCAUCGCGCAACAUACUGAACAGGCUUGUGGGCAAAGAAAAUGAAUUUGACGUCGUUAUCUUUGGAGACAAGGUGAUUCUGGACGAGAGUGUGGAGAAUUGGCCGGUGUGUGAUUUUCUCAUAAGCUUCUUCAGCGACGGCUUCCCAUUGGAAAAGGCAAUCGCGUAUGCCAAGCUCCGGCGACCCUUCUGCGUCAAUGACCUACCCAUGCAGACUGUGUUGUGGGAUCGACGACUGUGCUUGAUGAUACUGGACAAGGUCGAAGUGCCGACACCUCCGCGGCUCGAAGUGAGCAGAGAUGGAGGCCCUGUCGUUCUCUCCCCCGAUAUCGCACAUCGUAUGCGAAAGUUGACGGGCGUGGAGCUCAUUGGGUCCGACGAUGGCAGGGGUGGCGGCCAGCCUGCGCCAGAUGACGUACACCUCGAAGACGAUAAUGAUACGCUCGUCGUGGAUGGGAAGAAACUUCAUAAACCAUAUGUUGAGAAGCCGACCAGUGGCGAGGACCACAACAUCAACAUCUACUAUCCGAAAUCGCAAGGUGGUGGUGGCCGGAGACUUUUCCGGAAGGUGAACAACAAGUCCAGCGAAAAGGACGACACGCUCGAUAUCCCAAGAUGCAUUACUCACCCUCACGAGUCGUACAUCUACGAGAAAUUUCUACAGGUCGAGAAUGCAGAGGAUGUGAAGGCGUACACAGUUGGCACAACCUUCUGCCACGCCGAGACUCGCAAGUCACCCGUCGUGGAUGGCGUCGUCAAGCGUAACCCGAAUGGUAAGGAGAUUCGUUACGUGACCACGUUGUCCAAAGAAGAGCAAGACAUGGCAGCCAAGAUCGCAUCCGGCUUUGGCCAACGCGUCUGUGGCUUUGAUUUGCUUCGCGUACAGGAUACGGAUGGUUCAAUGAAGAGCUAUGUGAUCGAUGUCAACGGAUGGAGCUUCGUCAAGGAUAAUAACGACUACUAUAACCAGGCUGCUAAGAUCCUCCGCGAGAUGUUUAUCCGCGAGAAACAGAAGUGGGAUGGCCGAGCUACGCCGAGCGAAGCUGACGAACAUGAGCGCCAGUACAUGUCGCUGCCAACUUCUGUACCUGACAGAGAAGCAGGAGAGUAUCGCAAGUUUACUUUCAGUAAGGACAAAGAAAGUGGACAUCGGGGUGUUCUUGGAGAAGUGUUGCGAAGCCGGAGCAUCUCUCAGCUACGAGACAGUGUUCAUCACGCUACGCAGCGCGUAGGGCAGCAUACAGGCCGCAGCUCGAGCGGAAGGCACAGCCCUAUCUCCUCGCCACCGACCAUUGAACGACCUUCGUUCCAGAAAACGUCGCCCUCGCAAUCCAUGUCCAAAGCGGACCUGCCUCCUCCCGCUGUAACUCAGCCAAUGGACGAGCCGCAUGCGAUGUACAAAGAUGUCUUGGAACCCGACGCCCUUGUUGAGAAUGAAGAACCACCAGCAACCCUUCCUGCUCCUGCGCUGAGAAGUCAGUGGAAGCUCAAGGGGAUGGUAGCGGUCAUUCGGCAUGCAGACCGCACUCCCAAGCAGAAGUUCAAAUUCACAUUUCAUACCAAGCCAUUUGUGGAUCUGUUGAAAGGACAUCAGGAGGAGGUUCUGCUGGUCGGUGAAGCAGCACUCAACAGCGUACAACAAGCCGUACGUCAGGCAAUAGCUGAAGGUGUGGAGGACAUGAACAAGCUUCGCCAAUUACAGAACGCAUUGGCCAAGAAAGGCGCUUGGCCGGGCACGAAGGUCCAGAUCAAGCCCAUGUUUAAGAAGCCCAAAGAAAGCGAAGAGAAAGAGGGCAAAGAGCAAAAGGCCAAGGACAAAAAGGCAAAGCGAGACAGCAUCCCGAUGGUCGAAACGGGCGAGUCUUCCCGCCAAGAAUUGGAAGGAGAUGCUCGCAUUGAUCCGGCUACAUUCACUGCGACGGACAGCCCCUCUGGUCCUUCUGGAGCCCGUGCUCAACAUCGCAGCGACUCGCUUGGAGAAAUCACAAUGUCCCGAGCUGCAGCCGCUGACCAGAAUUUGGUGCUCGACAAACUGCAGUUGGUGAUGAAGUGGGGAGGCGAACCAACCCACUCUGCAAGAUAUCAGGCUACUGACGUAGGUGAGAACAUGCGGAACGAUCUGCUGCUCAUGAAUCGUCGCGUGCUGGACGAUGUCUCCAUUUAUACCUCCUCAGAGCGUCGCGUCACUACUUCAGCUCAGAUCUUUGCAACCGCCUUCUUGGACCAGAAAGAGAUCGGUGCCGAUCAAAUCCACGUGCGGAAGGAUUUACUCGACGAUUCCAACGCUGCAAAGGAUGAAAUGGAUAAGGUAAAGAAGAAGUUGAAGAAUCUACUCAGGCAGGGACACCAAGCGCCCGAGCAAUUCGCUUGGCCUAAGGACGGCACGCCAGAGCCAUACCUGGUAGUGCGACGGGUCGUUGGACUGAUGAAGUUUCAUCGCCGGGUCAUGCGCCACAACUUCGCUAAAUUACAAAACUCCGGCGCCGUCUCGUCUCUCGAGAAAUUCAAGAAAACCUCAGGCCAGCAGGCUGACCCUUCAGCGCUUGCUCCUGGUGUGAAUGGAAGUCAGGUGCAAAGCAAUGUUGAUACCUCUGCAUCAACGAUUCAACCAAGAUGGUGUACUGGAGAAGAUGCAGAGCUGUUCAGAGAGCGUUGGGAGAAGUUGUUCAACGAAUUUGUUGACGCGGAAAAAGUUGAUCCUAGUAAGAUCAGUGAGCUCUACGACACUAUGAAGUUCGACGCGCUUCACAACCGGCAGUUCCUGGAGUGGGUGUUCACACCUAGUACCUCGAUCCUGGCUGAAGAUGAUGAGCUCGAGGUUGGUUCGAGAUUGAAGAGAACUGAAAGCACGAACGCCCGCGAAGAGUUCGAUCAGACCCACAGAGGCGAGGCACCUUUUGCUCCAGCAGGUCCAGUCCGAGGAGCGUCGCCAAUGCCUGAGCAGAAUCCCGAAAUGGAGUCGCUUCAGCUCCCGCCACCUAGAAGAAGCGACACCGCCAGCACAGCAGCGUCAACGUUCAGUAAAGAAGAUGCGCGUAAGGAUAAAGAGAAUGGCAAGGACAAGGCCACUUUCUCUCAGCGGCUGGGGCUCAGGCGUAAGUCACCUGACUCCAUGGCCGUGGCAAAGAAUGCGGUGGCUAUUCCUGCGCCGCAAGACGACCCUUCAGCUUCGUACUUCAAGCUGUUCAGGGGCAUCGUGCCGGCCGAUCAGUCCAACUUCAAGAAUGACGUCCGCCUCGAGAAACUCAACGAGAUGUACAGCCUGUCCAAAAUUCUUUUCGACUUCAUUGGCCCUCAAGAGUACGGCAUCACUGAUUCGGAAAAGCUGGAAAUCGGACUUUUGACUUCACUGCCUCUGCUCAAGGAGAUUGUCAAGGACUUGGAAGAAGUUCAGGCAUCCGAGGACGCCAAGUCUUUCCUCUACUUCACCAAGGAGUCACACAUCUACACCCUUUUGAAUUGCAUCUUGGAAGGUGGCGUCCAAAUCAAGAUCGCGCGGAACGCCAUCCCCGAACUCGACUACCUCUCUCAGAUUUGUUUCGAACUUUACGAGUCCGAGAACACAGGCACAGAUGUCGACCCCGAGGACCCACACAGCAAUUUCAACUAUUCCAUUCGUAUUACGAUAUCGCCGGGCUGUCACACCUUCGACCCGCUCGAUGUGCAGCUCGACAGUAAGCAUUGCAUCGGGUACACGCCUAGACGAUCCCUGACACGGCACGAGAACUGGAAAGAUAUUAUCUCGACCCUGAGGGCCAAGUUCCAUACUGUCAAGCUGCCGAAGAGUUUCACCGCGGUCAAUCUGAGCGAGAGACACCCGCAGGAGUUUGUGGCGGAUCCGGAGCAUGGCCUGGCCAACGACGAAGACCUGAUGGAGCAAGUUGAAACGGUGCAAUCUCAGGGGGAGGAAGCCAGUCAGAUUGCACCAGCGCAUUAA